AUUGCUCAAGAAUUGCAGCCAAUUCCAGUCCAGAUUCCAACAUUUCUUCCUCAAUCUUCUCUCUCGUCUCCUGAUCCUCGGCCCUGGCUAGACGAGUACACCACACAAUCUUCAAUCGGUUCUGCAACAAACACUUAACAAGGCUGAAAUUAUCGAAUUGGAGAUGACCCAAAAGCUUGGUCUCAACUUUAAGAUCAUCAUCAUCAAAACCAUUCUGUUCUUCUUCCUCGUCAAACACAACAUGAUUAGGUUCCCAAAGGAAACCAUCUGAUCGAAAUCAUGAUUCGACAUAGGGUUCAACAAUUUCUCGAUCUCCUCCCUCUUGUUGGGGUUAUUGUUCUUCAAAACACCCAAAACCUCAUCAGCGGCGGCGGCGACUGUUCCGGGAGGCUGACCACCGCCCAAUUGCUGCUGUACGAGGCUAAGCAUGGCCUCAUAGGGAACCCUAGUUUUCUUCGUCUUGGGCUCGUAAAAAAAGGCCCAAAUUUGAUUCUACUGAUUAUGGCUCUGCAAUAAUACCAUGGGUUUCCUAGUCUUCUAAAUUCUACUGAUUAAGUUCUUCGUUUCCCAACCCCCCCCUGAAUCAUAUCAAUCUCUCUCUCGGCAAAUCUUGGUUGCUCACAACCAAUUCUUCGCGGUUAAGCUUUCCGAUCGGUGGUCGAAGCAGCAGAGAACUUCUAACCCCUACAUUGUCGAGAUUGCUGACUGUGAUGAUGUUGAAGUUUACAUUGAGGCUCUAAGUUUGAUGUAUUGUAAGGAUUUAAGGAAGAAGCUCAUGAAGGAAGAUGUCACUAGAGUACUUGGAAUCUUGAAGGCAUUUGCUUUUAGUUCGACUGUGAAAGCGAAGCGAUUGCAAUCGCGUGCUUCGGAGAAAGAGCAGUGGAGGCUUUAUGUACCGACGAUUGACCGGUCUAUCGGAGAACCGGCACCGUAUGUUGUGGUGGUGCAGGGUCCUCCCCAGGUUGGAAAGUCUCUUCUGAUAAAGUGUCUUGUGAAGCAUUACACCAAGCAUAAUCUACCAGAUGAUUGAGGACCCAUUACUAUUGUGUCAGGUUUAAUAUGCUCUCCCUAACCAGUUUGGGUUUUUUAAGUACAAACUUCACUGAUAAGAGCAUCUCCAAUCCUUAUACUUACUUUUUUUUAAUCAAAUUUG